AUGGAUUCCCUUUCUUUCCACAUUGUACGGCCAAUGAACAGACUCACUCAAAAGGCACUCCUCAAACAUUUCAAUCGUCAUUCCGAAAAACUAACAUCAUUUAACGCGAAACUUAUUCAACGAUAUGCACUUCUAGACUAUGUGGAUCACCGGGCGAUGCUCACACUACUCACAGAGAAGGCCCAGCAGCCCCUCACACCCGCCUCCUUUGCAGGCCUUCGUCAAACACUACAAGCCGUCCAGCGAUUCCCACGUGAUUUUGAUGAAGAGAAGCGGCGAUUUGAAUCUAUCUUUCUACAGUCUGUGCUGAAUACACCACCAGACACAUUAUCGUCUGUGGAGUAUAGUGCCCUCUGGUCACUCACAACACUACUCACAGCGUGGGAGGAUGUCCUGCGAUUGUCAAGUACAUUUCCAUUACAAAAAACAUUACCACUUCAAAGUGAAAAGGAAUUUCGUGUUGUACUUGAUCAAAUGUUAGUGAAAGCCAUUCCCAUUUCUUCUUCCUCUUCUUCUUAUUCGACGAUGACGACUACUACUACUACUACUCGUAUAAUUGAUGAGCCACCACGGGGUAUUCAACUCUUAAAGGAAUUAGUUGGAGAAGAUGUGGCACUUCAACGGGCAUUGGAUGGGAUUAUGCAGCGUAAUGCCCAAUGGACAGACCGAGAAGCGGCUGUGUCUACUUUUAUUGGUGUUGUCCAUGCAUUGGAGCGAUGGCCACAACAACAAAUACCAGGAGUUGAGGUCUGGAGAAAACUAGCAUUGCGUCCAACAACAUUUCAUGAUGUGGAUUUUCACCAGCUUCUACGCAUUUUAGUGAGAGUACACAGUCCAGCUGUGCCAGAGUAUGUUCGGAUGUCACUUGAUGAAGCCAUCUGUUCAGAUCUGUGGCGUUGUUAUUCAGAGUUGCCAAAUGAACCUGUUGCUGUCUUUUUUGAGCAAGAGGAGUUAUUACAGAAAUUCACUGUUACCAUGAGAAAAAGACAACCUGGUAAUGGUGAAAGUAACGUUACUAAUAAUUCUCAGGAUAAGGUUAAAGAUAAAGAUAAUAUCAACAGCAGUAGUAGUAGUGGUGAGAAUAAUAGUGAUGACAGUCAUAAGAGGAACGGAACUCCAGAGAAGGAGUUAACUGUACAGUUAAGAGAGACGAUGCGAGAAUUGCAUGAACGAACAUUAGAAAAACAACUCCGUAGUGAUGGACCACCGCUCACUCUUCCUGUUAUUAUUAAUCUCUUUAUUGGUAGUGUAUUUCUGCGAGCACAAGGGGAACUUACAGGAGCUAUUAUUUCAGCCUUAAAGAAUACUUUAAUCUCAUCAUCAUCAUCAUCAGUAGCGAAAUCUAACCUUACAACACUACAGGCGGUCAUUAUUGCCACUUGUUUAGAUCGAAUGCAACAACAACAAGAAUCAUCAUCAUCAUCAUCAUCAUCAUCAUCUGAAGAAUCUACGAGUUAUUAUCAAUCUUCUCUCUCUGCACAGGCACGCAAAGAUGCGGAUGUGAUUGGAACGUUACUCUUAUCCUUAUUGACGUAUCCAUAUCUACAGCAGCAUGGCUCAGCACGGUGUGUGUCCAGACUCCUCUGUGAGUGUCCGCAAUGGACAAGAAGGAACGGAUUAGAAGAGACGUGCUUUCAUUUACUGCGGGAACACGCACAGGAUGGAUUUACGAAAGCACAACUGCAGACAAUUCUGGAUAAUCAUACUCGUGGUUAUAUUUCACUUCCAGUGGACGUGAAGGAGAUUAUCGUACAACGUGCCGCAGAGGUUCCUAGCAGGUGA